AUGACACUGGGUCUGCUCUCAUUGGUGCUAUCCGGCGCUUUGGUUGUCUUCAAAAUUGCCAAGCCUAAGAUCAUCAAUUACGAAGUGGUACACUAUCCACACCAUGUGGAGCAUGUGGAGCACAUUGAACACAUUCCACACCACGUCGAUCAUUUCCCCCACCAUGUCGACCACAUUGUGCCGCAUCACAUUGACAUCGUGCCACACCAUGUGGAUCACCAUGUCGAUCACCACAUAGAUUUGCCUCCACAUGUGGAACAUGUAGAGCAUUUCGAGCAUCCAUCACCUGCUUGGGACCCACACGCUUGGGCGCGUUCAUCUCAGGAGCCACAAGACGCGCAGGAUAUGGCUUUCUCUGGGCAAAGACAAUCCUAA